AUGUCUGUUCUUGAAAUUCAAGGUGGAGAAGAUGAUGAGUUUUUGAGUCUGAGACUUACAAGUGCGACGGAUUCAUGUAGCCAAAAGAUCAAGCACAAAAGGAAGAGAAGAGAAGCUGAUUUAGUGCGCUGGGAUUUGAAUGAAAGCAGUGAAGGCAAAAUUUUUUGCCUUCUUGAAAUGAGAGAACAGAUGUUCAACCAAAAGAAAGAUGGAGGGGUUGAAGACGGCAAAGGCCUGCAUCUGAUUCACUCUUUGCUUAUAUCUGCAAGUUCAGUUGAUGAGAAUGACAUCGAAUCAGCUGUAGACAACCUAUGUGAUUUGUACCAGAACGUGUGCCUCUCUGGAGAUUCCCUCCAAAGGGUUGCUGCUUAUUUUGCUGAUGGAUUGGUUGCAAGGCUUCUCACUCGAAAAUCGCCUUUCUACGACAUGAUAAUGAAGACUCCAACACCUGAAGAAGAAUUCUUAGCUUUCACAGAAUUUUAUAAGGUAUCCCCGUUUUAUCAGUUUGCUCAUUUCACGGCUAACCAAUCUAUCAUUGAAACCUUUGAGAAAGAAGAACCAAACAACAGUCGGGUGUUGCAUGUCAUUGAUUUUGACAUAUCUUACGGAUUCCAGUGGCCUUCUCUUAUACAAUCUCUUUCAGAGAUUGCAACGGCUAACAAACGAGUAUCGUUGAAAAUCACUGGCUUUGGAAGAAGCAUGGAGGAACUACAAGAAACUGAAACAAGGCUAGUCAGCUUUGCUAAGAGUUUUCGUAGCUUGAAUUUUGAAUUCCAAGGAUUGUUGAGAGGAUCCAUGCUGGGAAGUUUAAGGAGAAAGAAAAGUGAAACUGUCGUGGUAAACUUAGUUUUGCAUCUGAAUACUCUAAACAAUGUCUCCAAAAUAUCUGAAACAUUGAAAUGUGUAAAUUUGAUUAAUCCUUCUAUUGUGGUAAUGGUGGAGCAUGAAGGGAGUCGAACCCCUCAAAAUUUCUUGUCGCGGUUCAUGGAAUCCUUGCAUUAUUUUGCGGCCAUGUUUGAUUCAUUGGAUGAUUGCCUACCAGUUGAUAGUGCUAACAGAUUGAGCAUUGAGAAGAAUCACCUUGGGAAAGAGAUUAAAAGUGUAAUGAACUAUGAUAAGGAUCAUGUGAACAUUAGUCCAAGAUAUGAGAGGAUGGAAACUUGGAAGGGGAGAAUGGAGAGUCAUGGAUUUAGUGGAGCUAAAUUGAGUUCCAGGUCUCUGAUUCAAGCAAAAUUACUUCUGAAAAUCAGAAGCCACUGUUCUCCAAUCCAAUUUGAUGGUGGAAAUGGUGGAUUCCGAAUUUUUGAAAAGGCUGAUGGUAAAGCUAUUUCUCUAGGUUGGCAAGAUAGGUGCUUGAUAACAGCCUCUGCAUGGCACUGUGUACAAUAG